AUGAGAUUCAGUGUCGAUGCCGUUGUUUAUUUUCGAAUCUCUAAUCCAAUAAUAAGUGUAACUAAUUUUGCAAAUCCACGUGUUUCAACACAAUUACUUGCAGCUACAACACUUCGUAAUAUAUUUCUGGAAGGAAGUAAUCCUAUUACUAAUCAUCCUGCAAUGCUUCAUGUCAUUGAAAAUCCUUAUUUGUAUGAUAUUUUUACUUCUAUUUUCCAUGGUAUUCAUCCUGUUACAUUUGACUAUAAGUGGCUGAGAACUAUGUACCAUGGCGGUAAUACCGGUUGUCAUAUGGAUCGAGUGUAUAUGAAUCGAGGUUCAUCAGAAUUACUCACAUGUUGGAUUCCAUUGGAUAAUAUUGCGCUAGAUAUGAGUGUAUUAGCUAUAUUGGAAGGGAGUCAUCGAAUGGAUAGAUCUGAAAAUGAUAUAUAUACGAAGCUACAGCAUACAUACGCCGAUAUGGAUGUGGAGAGGGAUAAAUUACAAGGAACAGGAUGGUUCACCGAAGAUCCAAUGGAAUUUUAUCAUUUGAAUGAAGCAUGUCAAUCAUGUGAUUCACAUCCCGUUUGGAAGACAACAGGUGAUUUUUAA